AGAGCUGCUCCCGCUCCCCGAACCGUGCACGGCUGCCUCUGCAAGUGCCUCGUGGUCGUCAUGCCCCUGGUCCUCCUGGGCUCCUUCCUCCAAGAGAGGCUUGAAGAGCAGCUGACGUACAGUUUACUGGUGGAGGAAAAGAAGAAAAUUCUGUGGCAACUCAGCCAUCAGCAAAUCAGCUCCGAAGUCGAGAACCGUCUGCAGGCCUUCCGGGACAUGGAGAAAGCCUCCCCGGGGCUUCAAUGCGCCAAGUACAAGCUCCUGGCCGGGGCCCCUCCCCACGAAAAGAAGCUGCUGACGGUGGGCGUCUCCUCGGCACUGCAUCCCCACGAGAGCCGCCUCCUGGACACCCUGCGGUCCCUGUUCCAGGCGUCCUCAGGCCCCGAGCUGGGCUGUGUCGUGGUGCUGGUGUCCCUGUCGGACUCCGACCCUGAACGGCUCAGCCAGACGGUGGCCAGCAUCUCUGACCUCUUCCGAACACACAUCGAGGCCCGGCAGCUGCUGGUGCUCCGGGGCCAGCUCGGCGGGCCCCCUCCCCUGGGGACCCUGAGGCCCGAGGACCACCCUUCGCCCUGCGAGGCCCUGUACUCCUCGCAGAAGGCCGACCACGCCCUCCUCAUGAACUUCGCUGCCAACCUCUCCGAAUACUUCCUGAUGCUGGACGACCGGGUUCGCUGCAAGCCCAAGUUUAUUUCCACCAUCUACUGGACGCUGUCUGCUUGGAAGGAGCUGCCUUGGGUGACCCUGGAGUUCUCUAGCCUGAGCUUCGCGGGGAAGGUGUUCCACUCCAGCGACCUCCCCCGCCUAGCCUCCUUCCUCCUCGUCUUCCCCAGGGACACCCCCAUGCACGUGCUUCUCUCUGAGUUCCCUCUUCUCCUGGCCCAGAACACGCCGAUCCGCUUCGGCUCCUCAGUCUUCCACCACGUGGGCAACCUUUCCGAGCUGGAGAGCUCCUGCUUCCCUGCAGACAAGGAGAAGGUCUUUGGUGAGCCCGACAACCCCACAGCCAGUGUGCGCACAGACAUGGUGAUGCUGUCCAACAACAUCCCGCAGUACGCCUACACCCUGAACAAGGAGAGCUUCGCCACCCUCAACCCCGUCCGAGGCAAUUACCUGACGGUGAUCCUGGAGAAGCCCCAGAAGGUCACCCGCGUCGAGGUGCUGACGGGCUCCGACAAAGACAGGAAGCACCAGCUGCAGCGAGGGCAGGUGGAGCUGGGCUAUGGGCCCCUGGAGGACCUCCAGGGCUGUGCUCGCUACACCCUGCUCGGCCCCGUGGUGGAGGGACGCCUGGACCAGGUGGUGUCUUAUGAAGAAGACUCCCUGGAGGCGCUGGGCUGCAUCCGGCUGCUGGUGCUGGAGGCCCAGGAGUCCUGGCUUCUGAUCAGGCAGAUCAGAGUCUGGACCACGGAGUAUGACGAGGAAGAGGAAGUGUAG